CUUCCUGUUGUCAACAUGUUUUUAUUGGCGCUAGUAUUCGGUGCUGCACUAAUCAACCAAGGAGCUACCCAAACUUUUUCACAGAUUGAUCCAUUGGCUAUAGGCUAUGACAUUACAAGAUGUGGACCUCUAGAUAUUGCCCUCAUCAUCGACGCUUCCGGAAGCAUUGGUCCACGUCGUUUCAGCAAAAUGUUAAGCUUUGUGGCCGACUCUCUGAAGGCGGGAGAUUUCCAGUCUAACCUCCGGGUGGCAGCACUGACCUUCUCCAAACGGUCGGUGGUGGAGUUUCUCCUCAACACCCAUGUUUCCAAACCAGACCCGAAACAAGAGGUUCUGAACAACAUCGCCGAGCUGGUAUACACAAAGGGUGUCACCAACACUUCCGGUGCUCUGCGCGUUGCUAGCGAAACCUUGUUUCAGGAAAGAAAUGGCGACCGAGACGCCGUGCAGAACCUGGCGGUGAUCAUUACAGACGGGAAUUCAAACGUCGACAGGGACCCCAUACAGGACGCCAACAAACUGAAGGCGGACGGUGUGUACAUCGUGGGGAUUCUGAUCGGGACGGACAAGAGCAUUAACCAGGAGGAGAUGGAGGCCAUUGUAUCCAACAAGGACGAGUUGAUACGACUGAAGAAGUACGAAGACCUACUCCCCUUCAGAGAGACCAUCGUCAGGAGGAUGUGUACACCAUUUUUCAGUCCACCAAACUGUCAAGAGGGAAAAAUUGAGAAAAAAGACUGCCGAAAAAUGCAGUGUAUAAACGGUGAAUGGAAAAAUGUCGGUUUCUAUGGUUGCUGUUUUAAGGGAAGAUUUCUCUCCUGGAACCAAGAUUAUCAGUUUGACUGUGACACAUACAGAUGUUUCCAAAAAGGGGCGUGUCAAGAUGACGCAUGCGAGAACUUCAACGUCAACAAAGUCAAAGAUGGAUGUAUGGUCGGCGAUAAAUGCAUUGAUGACGGUGCAUCUGUCGUUGAAGAAAAUGUUUGUGAGACCUUCAAAUGUGAAGCAGGAGAAUACAAAAUGAUCCAAAAAGACUGCUUGGCCCAAAACGGACAAUGUAUGAAGGUUGGAGCGGGUUAUACUGAACAUUGUGUGGUAUAUCAGUGCCAGAAUAUCGACGGAAUGGUUGAAUUCAGACCAGUUCAGACAGGUUGCUCAUACAAAGGUACCUGUUACGAUCUCGGUGCCAGAGUGAUGGAGGACUGUAACACAUUGGUGUGUUCCUAUGAUGAUGUCUCACUGGGAUACGACUUAAUCUUACAACAACAAGGUUGCAAUGAUAACGGACGAUGUCGAAAUGAGGGGGAUAUGUGGGUGAACACAGAUCUUUGUAUCCGAUACAGUUGUGUCUACAAUAAGAGGAAAGACAGGGUUGUCAUCAGAGAGCGAACCAUGGGCUGCCAGGCAGAUAAUGGAUGCAUUCAGAAAGGUUCAGAGGUCAGCGCGCAGGGUUGCAUCAGGUAUAUCUGUAACAAAAAAGGAGAUCUAGAGAUUCUCUCUGUCGGUUGCGAAUUCAACGGAGCGUGCAAAGCUGUGAAUGAAACUUGGCAGUCUCCCACUGAUAAAUGUACAAACUAUGUGUGUCUCAGCGACAUUGCUGAUGAUGGAACGCCAACAGCCUACGUUCAGAAGGAUCAAGACUGUCAUGAUUUCAACGGAAACUGCAUCAAGGUUGGACGAACAGUACAGGAGAACUGCAAUACCUAUACAUGUGAUGCUAACGGACAUUUAGAGCCAACUACUGUCAAGUGUUCUUAUAAGGGAAGCUGUUAUGAUAUCGGUGCGAAAUGGAUUGACGAUGUCGCUUGCAAAAAGCUCAGUUGUAGGAUGAGGAGCAUUGAUGUAUACCCACGCAUCAUAAAAAAUAACAUUGGGUGUAUUGACGAAAGUGGUCGGUGCUACCUCGAAAACGCCACCAAGCAGAUUGAGAACAGUUGUCUGGAGUACAAGUGUUACGAAGACCGGCUCAUGAGAUUGGAGGUCUGUGAAUACAAGCACGCUUGUUACGACAUCGGGUCCUCCUGGGUGGACAAAGACGAUUGCGUCACAGUUCGAUGUCUUCGUGACCCAGGGACGGGAAAUGCCAUAGUGGAUACCUAUCCAUACGGAUGUUUCAUGGACAACGUGUGCCGUGAUCCAGGCUACAAAUUUACCAAGGACUGUCAGGAGAUCCAGUGCAGGGGUGGGAUGAUGGGUUUCCAAGUGGUUAAAGAGGCUUGUACCUGGAAAGGUGGAUGUAAGGAGAAAGAUCAGACAUGGUUCGAUCCCCAGACGUGCACCAAGUACGGCUGUUAUGAGGAUGAGGACGGACUGGAAGUCAAUGAAAUCACUUAUGGAUGUACCAGCGAUAGCAACCAGUGUAUAAAGGGUGGAGCUGAACACAACGAGGGAUGCAACAAGUACGAAUGUAACAACGGCAAACUGAAGGUCAUCUCAAUGGGUUGUGAAUUUAACGACGGUUGUCUUGCGGCUGGCAAGAAAUACUUUGAUAAAGAAAACUGUGUGCACUAUUCCUGCAUCGCAAAAAAUACUACAGAUGGCUCCAUAACAACCCAACUCAAGGAAAGAUGGGGUUGCUUCGACUAUGACAGAUGUUAUUUGCCGACUUGGAAGAAAACAGAAGACUGUACAACCUAUCGUUGUCGGGGGAAGACCAGGUCCUUCUCAAUCGUUAAUACAGAGUGUGAGUGGAUGGGGAAAUGUAUCUCUGUGAACACCACAUGGGACCACCCCACACAGUGUCUGACCUAUAAAUGUGUUCUGGGAGAGUCCACCGGCAUCGCCCGUGUUUCCAGCGACUUAUGGGGUUGUAAGGAUGAAUUUGGGAAUUGCCAUCCAUUCGGUAAACAGCGCCAGUCGGACAGGUGCGUGACGACGGAAUGUCAGAUGAGGCCCGAGGGACCGGUGUUUUAUCCGGUGGAAAUAGGGUGUAAAUUCAGGAGGAGAUGCAAGAAAGUAGAUUCCUCAUGGAUAAACAGAAGGAAGUGUGUCCAGCAAACCUGUCAAUAUGCUCCUGGGGCCACGGCACCAAAUGUGGUCAAUUCACCUUACGGAUGCCGUGACAUGAAGAACCGCUGCCGACCAUUUGGUUAUGUAGCCAGAGAUCCCGAAAACGUUUGUGUCUCGUACAAGUGUACAGCUUUUGAGAUAUUCUCAACAAUUCAAACAGGCUGUCCAUGGCAAGGUAAAUGUAUGCAGGAGAAUGAUGUCUGGUAUGAUGAGGAGGGAUCCUGCACCCUCUUCAAGUGUAUCCGAGAAAACGUGGGACCCAGCAAUGUCCAAAUGCACACCCUGUCUUAUCCAGGAUGUCGUGGAUUUGAUGGAGAGUGUUUGAAGGAAGGUCAGAUUGUCACAAAAGGUUGCACAAAGUACCAGUGUAUCCCUAACAGUGGCGGUCUGGUUAUUGUCCAGGAAGGCUGCUCCUACGGAGGAGAGUGUAAAGUAUUGAACUCUACCUGGUUCGACUCAGAAACAUGUACAGAUUACUCGUGUGUGUACGACAGUGAGGCUAAUGACAUCUCAAUCGUGGAGAAAACAGGUUGCAAAGACGACGAUGGUAAAUGCUUUACGAAGGGUGAGAGGAAGAAGGAAGGAUGCAACAAGUUCCUCUGUAACGCUGCCUCCAACUUCCGGCCAAUCAGGAUGAGAUGUGAGUUUCGGGGCGAGUGUAAGGAUAUUGCCACUACUUGGAAAGAGGGCUGUAUCACUUACACGUGUAAACUGGUUGCUAAGGGACCUAACUUUGUACAGACCAACAUUGAGGAAAUACACGGUUGUAUUGGAGAUGAUGGCAAAUGCUAUGACAUUGGUGACGAGCUCAUUGAAGACUGUUCCAAGUUCACGUGUACCGCGGGAGGAGUUAUGCAAGAAUCAGAUUUUGGGUGUAAGGGAUUUAACGGCCAGUGUAUGAAACCUGGAGACAAGCUAGAGGUGGACUGUGUGAAUUAUGUCUGUGACGGACAGGCGAAGAGUAUGGUGCCUGUAGAGAAAGCAUGCGUCUGGAAGAACGGAUGUAAACCUGUCGGGUCCAAGUGGUUUGACAAAGAGUCUUGUCGAGGCUACUCCUGUGUGCUGGACAUAACAGACAACGACGUGAAGAUUACUGAGAGAACUGUAGGUUGCAGUGUGUCCGGAGAGUGUAAGCGCUCCAGGACCUACCAGAUGAAGGACUGUGUACAGUACAAGUGUACUACCAACGGUCAGCUGAUCCCCAAGAAGAUUGGGUGUGAGUGGGACGGGGAGUGCGCGGACCUAGGGAUGUCCUGGACCCGGAACUGUACCCACUACAAGUGUGUCAUCACCCAGGAAGGACCGGACUACAUCCAAACGGAGGUCCAACAGCAGAGAGGCUGCUUUGACUCUCAUGGAAAGUGUUAUGAAGUCAUGGAUGAGGUCAGCUUUGGAUGCAAUAAAUAUCGAUGCUCAAUGGGAGGGAAUCUGGAUCUCAUCGACUCAGGUUGCAUGGACAGGUAUGGGAGGUGUAUGAAGCCCGGGGAGAUCGUGGAGGAAGCCGAUGGCUCCGAACAUAAGUGUGUGUGUGACGGUAGCUCCUGUCUGGUCGUUGUUGAAGUUAAAGGAUGCAGAAUGAACAGUACGCUAUACCCCUUCGGAGCCAGACUUCGGGACGGAUGUACUGUGUACGAAUGUCAGAAUCGGGACAAUUGUGGAAAGUUUGUCCCCGUUGAAUGGGGUUGUUACUGGGUGGAUAGAUGCUAUGGACCAGGAGACAAAUGGAAGUCAGAUCGAGGCUGUUCUAUUUUUACCUGCACAAUGUACCAGAAAUCAAAUGGGGACGUCGACAUGGUAGUAGCAAGAGACAUCGGUUGCCCGUUUGAAGACGAAUGUAAACAGAACAACGAGCAAUGGAGAGAUGGGUGUUUUGAGAAGAAGUGUAGAGUUCGAACUACCAAAGAUAAUUCCAAAGAGUCGUCCAUCAAAAUCGUGAGCGGAGGCUGUCAGGAGGGGGUGGGUGACGGCAUGAUCUGCCACGCCGUGGGUAGCAUCUGGGAGGAACAUCACUAUGACGGAUGCUUCAAGAAACAAUGCUACGUGGACCAAACCACUGGCAAAUAUACCACUACCACAGUGGGGGCAGCAUGCCGGGACGCCUACGGCUCGUGUCGACCUAUAGGCUCCUCAGGCUUCCACGCCUACGUCAAUGGACAGCUCAGACAAGACUGUAAAUGUUUGUCGGAAGGAGUCGGGGUGACUGGUGUUCGUUACACGUGUGGUGAUAUGGCCAACCCUUUCCAAUGUGAAGGAUGCUGAUUGUUUUAUAUUUACCAAAAUAAAACCAAAAUACGUCA